AUGGCGAUAGCCGGGCCUGGGGACGACGCCAAGGUCAUGGUGUGCGGCCCUCCUGGCGGCAUCGCGGGCCUGAUCGCCGGCAGGCUCACGGCGGCGGGCGGGAUAAGAGAGGUCGUCCUCGCCGACGAGACCGAGACCUUGGAGCAGCAGCCGGAGGACGCGGCCACCAAGCGGGCGAGCGUCGCGGAAGCGAUCGAGCGGCUCAUCAACGGGUCGGAGAGGAAGAGAGGGCUGGAGCUCUCGGUGGUCAGCGUGGACGGCUUCGCGACCACGGACGAAGAGUGGGAAGAGGAGCUGAAGCGUCUGGACGACAGCGACGGAGUGGCGGUGUUCUCGAUAGAGUUCGACGCCAUCAGCAGGAAGGACCAGCUCAUGAGGUGGCUCGCCGACUCUUGGGGGCCUGCGGCUCUGCGGAAGUCCACCGCGGGAAUGCUCCGCAGCGGGGCGCGGCCGGUGGCGGUGGCGCCGACCGAGUCGGGCCUUGAGCUGGUGUGGGAAACGCUGACGGACGACCUGAAGGCCGUGCAGGCCGGGAAGCUGUCGCUCGUCGUCACCGAGGAACCCGCGGGGAUAAGGAUUGUUCGAGUGGCAGGUCCGGGGCAGCCGCAGGGCAAGGCUCUCUCGGGGGAGGAGGAGAUCGUGCAGAGCCUGCUGGAGGGGAUCAACACGGUGGCCUACCCCAAGUCGUUCGUGAAGCGGAAGGCGCCCAAGGUCUCCCGCGCGGCGGCGGAGGCGGCCAUGGCGGCGGCGGCUUCGGCGACAGACAUGAAAGAGCUGAACUAA